GAUUUAUCCUAUUGUACAGGCUGCUUGGCUGCCAGAUCCCUACCUUAAACCUAAUUGAGAAAAAGUUAAAUCCCAAUCGUCAGAAAUCGUCAGAAAUCGUCAGAUCAAGACCUCACCAUUACGAUUUCUGCGCAAACACCAUUUACAACCCAAAAAAAAAUCCCUUGCAAUUCCUCGCGAAAAUGACGAUCAAUACCGAACCAGAAGCAUUACUGUCUCACCUUCAAAAUUCUGACGGCUCCGCUACUUUCUCUUUUGCUGGCUAUACCGUGGUUGGGGCUGUAAAUGGGCCGAUCGAGGUUCAGAGACGAGAUGAGCUCCCGGAGGAGGCGGCCGUCGACGUGAUCGUACGACCAGCUGCAGGGGUUGGAGGCACUAGAGAAAGGCACUUGGAGUCACUGAUUCAGUCGACUUUGCGCCAGAUCAUCCUCGUCAACAACUUUCCGAGGACCCUAAUCCAGGUUAUUCUACAAGUCACCACUGCGCCUGAGAACGAAUAUGUCAAUGCCAAAGUAGCACAGGCUACCUCAAACCUGCCUAUUUUGCCUGCUCUACUGCAGACAGCGGUGCUCUCGCUCCUCUCUGCCGCCCUUCCGUUGACGGCGACACUGACAUCGACCUCACUGGCUAUUGUCGCUGAUGGUCAAUCGAAGAAAGUCGUCUUAAACCCUUCGCCGCGAGAAAUUGAAACGUCGCAAUCGUUCCAUGUCUUCUCGUUUACCUCGCACGAUGAAUUGAUACUCGCAGAAAGUGAAGGAAGCUUCACGGUAAAAGAAUGGGACGAUGCCUUUGCCGUCGCUCAACGUCAAUGCUGCCCUCCCGUCACUACGGGCGAUGGAGAUACCCUCAUGGAUGAUAGUAGCCUACCUGGUACGGACUUGAGGCAGUUUACGCGAUCUACGCUGGAGGGGAAAAUAGCCUCGGACUUACAUUGGAAGUAAGCGAUUCUAUCCCGUACAUCCUGGAUUAGCACGGGCUAUAUUAUACGGAUAUGACUGGCUAGAAUCUACGGCAACAAUGCUGGAUUGGCGGUCAGUAAUGUACGUUGGUCUAGUCCCGCUCAGACAUGUUUGAUACUCCCGAAUCGGCGCAUCGCUUUCAUGGAGAUGCUAUGGAUUGGGGAUCUUCUACCGGGCGCGGUGGAUCAUCUGGCUAGUAGUUAAUGGGGUUCUUGUUUGCAUUAGCAUGGCAAAUGUUGAUCGGAUGGUUCCUUUUGGUAGGCGGACGGGAAAAAUGGCAGCAUCCCAGGAAGCUAAUGACUAGGUAUGUGUUGCCAAUGCUAGCCAAGAGUUUGGCAGAUAUGCUGGGCUAACCGACGAGUCUGUU